UUGACUCUUUUAUUAGAGAAGAGCGCCAUACCCAUCUCCAUCUUCUCAUUCUUCAUCCAUUUCGAUUCGAUCUUCUUCCUCCCUUAAAUUCUUUUCCUUUUCAGACCAUCCUCUCUCUCUCUCCAUCUCAUGUUGUUUUCCUUAAUUUCUCCGAACCAACUCAAAUCAAAACGGAUUAUAUCAUCAGUGUCCUAAACCCCACUCAAGAUCGAUAUCGAUCUUAAGCGUUUUUGGGUGAAGCGAAGAAAUUAGAAAUGCCCAUGGACAUGGAGCGCUCCAACUCACUGGGCAGCUCCAACAAUUCGUUUUUCUCGUCGUCGUCGAAGCCGACCUCCUCGUUGGUCCUGUCCGUACAAUGUCUGAAAGGCAGCUCGAAAGGCGACGAGUGGACGGGCGACAUGUUGCAGACGGGAGACAUCGUGGAGGAGCUCCGAAUCGGGAACCUCACGAUCGUGGCGCCGUUCAAGAACGGCAAGGCGGGGGUGCAGAAGCUGCUCCACACGUCCUUUAAGGCGAAGGAGACGUCCGUGCGCGUGCGGGUCCGCCGAGGCUCGGGCGACUUGGCCGAGCUGCAGGCCUGCCUGGUCCCCAACGAAUCGGUGGGGCGGAAACAGUACGUGCUGAGGGCCAUCGAUGAUCCUAACUAUGCGGUCGGCUUCGUUGAUCGGACGGAGAGCGAGUGCUUGGAAUUGCAAGCUUCAAGGAACUCAAGAAUGGUGGCUGCACUGGCAAAAACUCCGAUGCAAGACGGAUACGUAUCGUACCCAUGGGAGAGGAGGAUGGCGGAGAUGUUAGCAGUGCCCAAUUCCAGCAGCUUCUACUCCAUGCUCCUCUUGCCCAAAGCCACCGACAAGGUUGCUUUUCGAUACAACGAUGUUGAGGAUACUCUUGCCCGUGCCAAUGCUUGGCUCAACGCUUCUCAGGCUUCUGGCAUUCCCAUUGUCUUCAUGAACAUUCAAACUGAAUCCCUUCUUACAAAGAUAUCGGGAGAGACAGCAUCGUCGACAGUAAAUGCUGGAUCGCUGUCUGAUCUGUCGAAUCUUGCGAAUGCAAGCUUGUAUGGGUUUGAAGACUACCACGGAGUGGAUAUUGGGGUGGUGAGAGGUGUUCGCCUUUGGUUUUCCCCUCUUGGUGGAGAGAUCCCCAUUGAAAUCAUUAUCCAAGAACAUGACACUAAGCUAGGAUUUGCCAUAAGUAGAACUGAAGAGGGUUUCAUAUACGUAUCUUCGGUGAUAAAAGGCAACGAAGAUGCGCCAUCAGCGCGAUCAGGCCUGAGCAAUCUCUACGAAGAAGCUUCUAAGCAGUCAAAGCUUCUAGUAGUUUCUCGAAUCUCGAACCAGAAGGUGCUACCGUGGAUGGUUUCCACCGCCGGCGCAAUCCGGUGCUACGACACGGUGUCCCUGAGCCAGAAGCUCUCCCUGCACCGCCACGCCAGGGUCCCCAUCCUCAUCCACGUCUUCCUGUGGGACCGCGCCGUCUGCAUUCCCAGCUGCGGCAGCAUCCGCUCCCGGGCGGUUUCUCCGCCGGCGCAGCCGCCGUGGCAGCAGCAGGAAGUCGUCGCUGUGCCGCGCGUUCAGCGUGAGAGUCAGGUUAUGCCGGUGUCGUUGCCGGAUGAUGAUGAUGAUGAUGAUAUUGCCGGUCGGCUUGAGAGAGAUACCGCCGGGGAAUCGUCGUUUCGGUUCCACGAUUUCGCACUUCCCAAUAAUAAUUGGGUAUAAAUAGUGGCGAUGGUGUAUGUGUUAGUGAAGUUAUCUUCUUUUAUUUUAUUUUUAUUUAUCUAGUGUUAUUUUGGUUAAUCGGUGUAUAGAGAAUACAGAUGUCAUUUUUGUUCUAAACGCUUAAGGGAAAAAAGUUAUAAUGAUAAUUGAAAUGAAAAACAGUUAACUUUAUAUAUA